CGCUCGCCCAUGGGGGAAGGCUAUCGCCAAUUUCACGAACUCGCCAUUCGAACACUCUCCUACGCGUCGAUGCCUCGAUGAUCGCUUUCGACUUGAUAGUCGGACCUGUAGCGCCAGCGCAUGCGCAGCAGUGGAGCAGCCAACAAGCGGCAGAAGCACGUUCACCCGCGCUUUAGUGACAGCACCAACGACGGCCAAAAUGGCGGGCUCCGACACCUCUCCGCGACGCGCUGUUCGCACUCCACGCGCCCUAGCGUCAAUCGAGCCCACCACGGAGCCCGCGCAGAAGAAGCAGCGAUUGCGCUUCGAGCCAGGAGGACCAGGCGGAGGAGGACGUUACAUCGAUGAGCAGGGCAACGAGAUGACACGCGCCGAAGCCGUCGAGCGCGGCCUCAUCUCCAGCGCGCCAAGAAGUCGCUCGAGGAGGCCAGUAGGUGCGAGGCCUAACAUAGUCGCCAAAGCGCCCAAGCAUCGCACUUCGGCUGCUACAGAUGGCCACACCCCUUCGGUAACGCGCCCGUCCAUGACCACGAGACCGCGCCGCGAACGACCGGAACGAUAUGCCCCACCUCCGACCACACCACGCCCCCGAUAUAGCAAUGCUGCAGCUGCGGCAGCUGCCAGCCAGGCUAGCGAUGGAUACAAGCCGCGAGAAGAGAGGAGUUGGGAUGAAUUCCACCCAGAGCUUGAUCUGGCAGCAGGGCUUAUGGUCUUCUCCGCAGACGAGGUAGAUGGGAGGACAAGCAAACAUGAUCCGAAGCUACAGAACUUGAAAUUGAACGGACUGGAGGUCAAUGGAGACGUAGAUAUGCAAGACGCCUCAGACGAUGAGAGGUCCGGUCGAAAUGGCACACCCAACAGACGCAGACCUGGACGGCCACCGAGGAGGCCAGAGUCCAUGUUGAGCGGCCUAGGUUCUCCGCCAGCACCACGCAUACAGCCACUGGCGACACACAAUCCCAAGGAACGUCUUAAUCUUCCGAAGCCGUCCUACAGACACUACAACCACUUUCUGCAAUACGAGGAAGACCAAUUACAAAACAAGGUCAACUACGUGGACCGCACGAUGGCUGGUGUGGGAUAUCAAGAAAGUGAUCGGUUCGAGCUGCCUCCGAACGUGCUGAUACGCUUGGCCGAGAAUCAACAUGUGGAAGAUGAAGCAGAUGUCAGCUUGAGGUUAGCGAGCGAUGGACCUGCGGAAGUCGGUUUGGGACAUCCAGUUGUUGGCAAGGUGGAAUAUGACAUGGACGAGCAGGAUGUGGCUUGGCUGGAAGAGCUCAACGAACACCGCAAAGCCGAGGAGCUGCCAGCGAUCAAGCCAGCAAUCUUCGAAAUCACCAUGACUCAGAUCGAGAAGGAAUACCAUGCGCUCGAGAAGCGCAUACCUAAGCCUCAGCCCCGGCACGCGCAGACGCAUCGACCACGAUCCAGUUCGCAAGCUGCAGUGAACGGAGAUCCUAAUCCCCCGGGAGAUGAGCCGGAUAGCAAAUGCUCGAUCUGUGACGAUGGGGACUGCGAGAACGCCAAUGCGAUAAUAUUCUGUGACGGCUGUGACCUGGCAGUUCAUCAGGAAUGUUAUGGCGUGCCUUUCAUCCCGGAGGGGCAGUGGUUCUGUCGGAAGUGCAAGGAGAUAGGUCGCGGCACUCCUACCUGCAUCUUCUGCCCGAAUGUGGACGGUGCCUUCAAACAGACGAGCACGUUACGCUGGAGCCAUCUGUUGUGCGCCAUCUGGAUCCCUGAAGUAAACAUUGCUAACAUGACUUUUAUGGAGCCGAUCCAGGAUGUCGACAAAGUGCCGAAAGGACGAUGGAAAUUGAGCUGCUAUAUUUGCAACCAGAAGAUGGGCGCUUGCAUUCAGUGCGGGAACAAGAAUUGCUAUCAGGCAUUUCAUGUUACUUGCGCUCGUCGGGCGAGAUUAUUCCUGAAGAUGAAAUCGCAGACUCAGGGCGGGAUUGACACUAGUGCACUUAAAGCCUUUUGCGACAAGCAUGUCCCGCAGGAAUGGCGGCGCAACAACGACACUGACAAUGCUACUAUUGAGGCCAAGCGGUGGUACAAGCACGCUUUCAAGGACCGAAAGUGGGCAGAUAGCCAGACGGCUGCUCUUGAACUUGGAGCCCCUCCCACACCAGACGGCGGUUUAGGGGGUGAUGCGCACGGCACCGAAGACACUAUUGCUGUCUCCAAGCGACGCAACAAGAAGGACCAGAAAUGCAGUUGGCGUCUUGCUUCGGGCGCGCCGGUUGUGCCUCAGGUAGUCUACACCACAGUCGAAGCGAGUCUUACGCGCUUCACGAUUCGCAAGAAGAAGGAAUUCGUUGAGAAAGUGUGCCGGUACUGGACACUGAAGCGAGAGGCAAGGCGUGGUGCAGCUCUGCUGAAACGGUUACAGCUGCAACUGGAAGGCUUCUCUAGUAUGGAAGUCACACGUCGCAGCUUUGCCGGCAUGGGUGCUGCUGGUGGUCCCAGGCUUCAGAGGCGUAUCGAUUUUGCUGAGAUGUUGCAGAAAGACAUGAGCUUCCUGAAAGAUCUCACCGCUCAGGUCAAGCAACGAGAAGAACUUCGCCUGAGGGAGGUCGAGCUUUUGCGAGAACUGGUCGACACUGUAUACUUUCCCAUCCCUCCUCUGCUGCGGCCAAUACUACUACGAGCACAGAAGUUGGACGAGAAGACGCGGUCUUUCCGAACAGGCUUCGACAUGCUUGCGCAAAGGCUGCGAGAGCGUUACUACACUUCUGUAUCUGACUUCUCCCGUGACCUGUCAAAAAUCUUUGCAGAAGCUCUGGCAGCCGUCGGCACUUCUGGAGAGCCAAGUGAGGCUGACAUUGAGGCUAUUCACAACCAGCUGAAUGAAGUCAAGGUCGGCAGUGCUGCACAUAUGGCUCUGACACAAGAACAAAAGGACCUGAAACGCCUCGCCAAACGAAUCGUCAAGGCGGUCAAGGAGCCUUUGGAAGCGGCCAUGAAGAAGGAAGCCGAAUUGAGAGGCCUCGAACUGGAAGAACAGCUCAGGAAGCUGGACUCGAUGGGGAUCUUUGCUUCAGCGACAUCCAAAUCCGGCGACGCAGAUGGUGCUGAAGAGCAAGACAAUGUCGACACCGAUAUGCCAGAUGCUGGAGCUGUGGAACAAGAGGUCGAGCCGGCCAUCGCCAAGGACAGUAUGCUUCCAUUCGCCAACGAUACCCACACACCAGCUUCGAAAGCUGCCAGCCAUGCAUCUUCCAACCUCAAUAUGUCGAGUAAGACUCGCAGCGACAAGCCGACGACCGAACCUUUGUCUCCGCCCAUCUCGCGGUCCUCCUCACGCCCGUCAGGCGCACCCGCUUCUGCGAGCGGCGAGUCUAGCAAUGCGAAUGGCGAGAAUCACGAUGUCUUCGCUCAAGGCGGUGUUCCGUGGUACCUCGAGCCAUUUGAUCCCAUCGGCACCACGAUUCACGAGGAGCGAUAUACAGGCCGAGCCGUCUUACGUGCCAUGUCCGAAGAACUCUCGGACAUGGAUGAGGAUACUCUAGGGGAACUCGCAGGCAUGAGCACGGAUGCUACGCCGAAUGAGAAGGUCAAUGGUGGCUCUCAUGCAGCGUCUUCAUCUGUUUCGGGUUCUGGUACGAGGGCUCGAGCUAAUAGCAAUAGGAAGAAGAGGCCGAAGCGUUCGCAUUGGUCUCGUUGAAGUGAAUGCGACGCGGAAGAUGAACGAAGGACGAAGGCAUAGCGGGAGCCAGCACACACGUAUUUGUAUAUGAUAGACCAGGAUUGCAAGCAGAUGAUACUAGCGCUGGAGUUGGAGGGACCUUCUGAUGAUUUAUUUGCGCGGACCUCAGAGUGUGAGAUGCUGACUUGCUCAGGAGCG